AUGGAAAUCAAUUCCAAAGCAGCCGCCGAAUCGCUGAUCCCGCUCUUCCAAUUCCAGCGACUUCUAAAUCAAGACCAGAAUGGCCGCCGGAUCUCUCUGCUUGGUAGCAUCAAUGAGGAGCCCGCCCUCAUCUCCCUCGAACGGGCCGCCUUUCCCACCGAUCCCGGUGUGAUAAGGACCUUUCUCGCCGGCAUAAGCAACACUACCAAUCUAGGCUCCAACGAUAUCUACCGCUGGUACAUGGCCUCUCACGAACCACCCAAAAGCGUCUCCGGGAACGCAGACAGGAGUCCCCCGGACCUGAAAAUCAACCUGAUUUACCCUUGCACAGAUGCACAUAUCAAGAAAUACAGCCCCCAGUGCCUCCGUAUGGUGACAGAAACGGCCGAAAUCUACGCUCGGUAUGUGCAGCCCUACAUGCGCCAGAAACGCGAGGAAGGACGUCUCAAUUGGGUGUUCAACAUCAUUGAGGGAAGGACUGAGCAGGAAGAUGUCAUCUUGCGUGAGCACAGCAGCCGUACCACGGGCGCGGAUGGGGAGGGUUUCUUGCUGCUUCCGGAUCUGAAUUGGGAUCGCGAGACGAUAGGGGGCCUGCAUCUGUUGGCAUUGGUGGAGAGGAGGGAUAUUUGGAGUUUGAGGGACCUCAAGAAGAGGCAUGUGGUCUGGCUGAAGCAUAUGCGCGAGAAGAUAUUGAAGGCUGCGGUGAAGAUCUAUGGGAGCAAGGGAGUGGGGGAAGAUAUGCUGAAGCUUUACGUGCAUUAUCAACCGACCUAUUUCCACUUCCACAUCCACGUCGUGAACGUCAUGUUAGAGGCCGGUGCCACGCAAGCCACGGGCAAGGCCUUCGGACUCGAGAACAUCAUCUCCCAGCUUGAAACGAUGGAGGGCGAAGAGGAAGCCGGCAUGGCGGAUGUGAGCUUGACGUAUUUCCUAGGUGAGGCUAGUGAGCUAUGGGAGACCGUUUUUGGGCCGCUCAAGGAGGGACGACACCCAACGACAACCUCCCCGCCCCCCUGA